AUGUAUCCACUCUUCCAGCUCUCUAUAGCAGCUCUUACAGCGUCCAUCGUGUCUGCUGGUCGCGUUCUAGUACUAGGAAAGUCGCUUUCUCCAUUAUGGCAUGAAACUCACGCUUCUUCGACUUUUUCUCCUGCCGGAUUGACCGAUUUAGCGCUCAACUCGCUCGGUCUCCGCACCGGACGAGUUUCUUCACGUUCAGCCGUCCAGAGCCCGCUUCAGGCUGAUAUUUUUGCUCACAGUAAAUUAUACGCUUUGUUGAUAGUAGAAGAUGAGUCAACAGCUAGUUUGGAGGCUAUAAACGCCCAUUUAAGCGAUGUGAAUGUGUUCCACGAGCUGUAUCCAGCUGAAACGUGUAAUGUAAAGGUUCCGGUGGCUGUAGCACAGAAAUUUCAGCUCAAAUACCAUUCAGCAGCUUACUGUGCUGGUAAUGCAGCACUUUGUGCAAGUGUUAAGGUCUCCACACUUUCUGAAAGUGCGGAAUUACUGCAACAAGUGCUAGCAGAUAACAGCUUCUUAAACUCCAGAGAUGAACAGGAUGUUGUCUUUGCAAAGCAAUUGGCGCAGGUGAUGCAACUCACAGCUGAGUUGAAGCAGCAUGGAGACGACAAGAUGCUGUAUAUUGUGGGGAUCUCGAGUCUACACGGAGACAAGCAAAGGCUUGCGCAACAGACCGUAACAACAGUUGUGACGGAGUUUCUGACUCAGUUGAUGAACUCAAAGCAGGUAGCUGCCGCUCAAGUUAUGAUGGGUAGGCUACCGACUGCAGUGCAACAAGCUACGGCACUGUCUCGUCGUGCACGGAACAGAAAGUUGGCGUCGAGUCCGACAGACAAGGAAGACGAGAGCGGUGAGGAUGAUGGAGAAGAUGAUGAAGGUGGCGAUGAAGACAAAAACAAGGAGACGGACGAAAAGACUGACGAGGAAAUUGACGAAGAGAAAGACUUGACGGAACUGGAUGCGGCGGGUGGCAGUCUUUUGGAAGAUGACGACGAUUUUACAAGCGCGACCAACUCGUCAAUUCCUGGAUCAGUGUCAAUACCCGAUAUUGCCGAGUACCAGAUCAUCUUGUGGACGUCGGUGAUGCUAGGUGCUUUGUUACUUGGCGCUGUCUUGGCGAUGGCUAACAUGGAUGCGGGUCGAGACAGUCUGCUCUACGCGAAGUUUAUCGCGGACGUGAAUGGCCGCAAGACGAACUAA